UCAAGAAGCUGCUCCAAAAUGCUGAAAUAUAGCCUUAUCUUUGCCCUUUUCGUCGUUUUGGCCAGCUGCAGUGAGGAGGAUCUGCAGGCGCAACUUCUGAAGUCGGAGAACCGCCAGAACCUGGAUGGAGCUGGGCAGUUCCAGCAUGAGAUCACGGUCAGCAAUGGGAUCCAAGUGAAAGCUCAAGGCAAUGUGAACGGCAUCCAGGGCGAAUACUUCCUUCCCGGCGAAGAUGGCAAGCAAAUUCGCGUGACUUACACCGCAGAUGCAACCGGCUUCCAUCCGAAGGUUGAAGAGUGACCGAGUGACUUUGAUGUUAUGUUAAUCUUAACUUAUAAAACGGCGGUUUUUUCCAUAAAAUGAGUGGUGAGGUAAUGUCUUGUUGUUCCAAUAAAACGUUCCCCUGGUAGAACUCAUAUUGAGAGCUGUUGGGCUACAGUUCAUAGAGCGCUUCAGCAUCUUCAUCCAAGGGUCUGUCCAAUUAGACAUUGCGCUUACAGAGCCCCUGAAUGGGUCAUGUGGAAUGAUGAUGAUUUCCUCAUCCCACACUGCUGCACAAAUAAAAGGUUACCGAACAGCAC